AUGCCUUCGAUACUGUCGGAUGAUGAUAAAGAGACGGUCAAACGCAUGGUGCCAAAGGCCUCGAACAAAAUACAGGCUGUAGCGGUGGCCCGUCUAUACGUUGCUUACCCUGAUCGUCAUAAAUGGACCUACACUGGUUUACAGGGAGCAGCAGUGCUUGCGAACGAUCUUGUUGGAAAUACCUACUGGAUAAAACUCGUCGAUGUUUCAUCUGCGAAUAGAGGUGUUAUAUGGGAUCAGGAGAUAUAUGAUACAUGGUCAUAUAAUCAGGAUAGAACAUUCUUUCACACCUUCGAAACUGAAGAAUGUCUGGCUGGAUUGUCCUUCGUGGACGAGAAGGAAGCUAAAACGUUCAUGAAGAAAAUGAAUGAUCGGGAGAAGAAUGCUAGUAAAGCUACGAAAGCCAAUCCUUUUGGUGAUGCAGCUCCAGUUCAUAAACAUAGUCUCCUUGGAGGAAUCUUUAGUGGACACCGACAUUCUUCCGCUCCAUCGAUACAACCUACUCCUCCCGAUUCCCCAAGCUAUGUUCUUCCGCCCUCACAACCAGCGCAUCCACCACAAAACCACGGGCAUUCGGGUGGGAGCUUCAAGUCAGGGCAGCCUGAGUACGCAGCUUUGGAAGCGAUCGAUCCUCAUUGGCGAGAAACAUGGGGCGAGGACUUGAGGCAGAUGGGUAUUACAGACGAUAUGAUUAGAGAUAACCAAGAUUUUAUUGCCGAAUAUAUUCUAGACCAACAAUCUCAACAAGGCAUAACACCUGCGCCGAGUGGCAUUGAAAAUCAAAGAAAUAAAGCCCCUCCUCCACCGCCACCUCCCGCGGCCCCUCGAACACGUUCCGAUAGUCCUCAAAGUUCCACGGCCGGUCAAGGACGAGGGGCUCCACCUCCACCUCCUGCACCACGGCGAUCUAAAGCAGAUAUCCCUCGAGAACCAACACCUCCAAGAGAGCCUUCACCUCCCAGAGGACCACCACCCCCUAGAUUUGCAGCUCCACCACCAAUCGCUGAUGCUGGCAAGUUUGCGCAUACCAACGAUAGGGCGCCUUCUCGAGCACAUGCUUCUUCUAAUCCCGGGCCACCUCCACCGCCGAGGCCUGCGAAAACGCCUAUUGAAGAUUACGAGCCAGGUGAAUCAGGUUCGAGAUAUGGAGUCCCUCCCCCUUUCACUGGGACAAGAACAACAGCACCACCCCCUACUCCACAAAGAGGCCCCGUUCCGCCCCCACCUCCUAGAGAUAUCCAUCAAUCGAAUAGUGCCCAUGCUAUCCCGCCUGCACACAUUCCUCCUCCUCCUUUACCACCAAAAACUCCAGCAUCUCCGAGCGCACCGCCACUGCCCCCUGCUUCUACUCGUCCUGUACCUUUACCUCCGAGAGACAUCGCACCUCCUCCACCCCCUUUGCCUCAGAUGAGCGCUCCACCACCACCGCCUCUACCUCAAUCAGCGGCUCCUCCUGUACCAUCUUCUGCUGCCCCACCUCCACCUCUGGGGCCACCCCCUUCAUUUGGAGGGCCACCUCCACCUGCCCCACCCCCACCACCUAUGCCAUCGUUUGGCGGGCCUCCUCCACCUCCACCACCGCCAGGAAAUGGGCCGCCAGCUCCUCCUCCACCGCCUCCUCCAAAUCGCGAUUCUGGCUAUGCUUCAAGUGUUCCAGCGCCACCCAAACCUACUGGUGACCGCGCUGACUUGAUGGCAAAUAUUCAAAAAGCUGGUGGUAUCGGAGCUCUCAAAAAAGUUGACCGAUCACAAAUUAGAGACAGAAGUGCAGCUGCGGUCCCGGGAGCAGAUACGGGACCUGCAGGCAGCGGACUUCCUCCAGCUGGUGCAUCUUCUGGAGGCGGAGGGGGGUUGGCAGAUGCAUUGGCAGCUGCUUUAAACAAGAGAAAACAGAAAGUUAGUGCUAGUGAUGACGAAGCGGAAGAUGAUGAUUGGUAG